UAUUAAAAAAAAAAAGAAAAAAAAAACUGAUUGAGAGAGAGAGACAGAUUUGAUUGAAGAAGACGAGGACGAGAGGAAGGAAAGUUUCAUUCUUUUCGCUCCAAUCCCAUAUCGUGAUUGCGAGAUUCGUCCUCCUUAUCAUUUGCUCGCAUUCAUGCCAUUUCUUCCAAAUCUACACGCUUGAGAUUCGAGGUUUCUGUUGUGGGUUUUUUUUCUUUCUCUUCGUGUGAGAUUGGCUGAUCAUGUGAGUGAAGAGGAGAGAGAGAGGAAAGUAGAGUCCUUUGGUCUAGUUUGAUUGGGGAUUUAGUCAGGUGUUCGGGGGAUGAGGAUGGAGAACGGCCAUGAGGAUGGACUUACCCAUACAUUUUCCAAAGUGGGUUUUGAAGAUUCGCCCGAAAACAACCUUAAACACGAUAACUUGUUGCAGGUCAUCAAAGCUGUUGAAGCUGCUGAAACCACCAUCAAGCAGCAGGUGGAGGAGAAUAGCCGUUUAAAGGCUGAACUUGAGACAAGUAUUCUGGAACUCGCUAAAUAUAAAUCAGAUCAAUCCUUGCCCCAAACUUCUAAUAUCGGAGAUCACUCAAAUGCUACUACUGUGUCUCGCCUGGUUCACCAGCCAGUUGACUGGGAGCAGAAUGUGAUCAAAGCUUCAGAUGCUGAUUCAUCACGCACGAUGGUUAUUCACCCCCAUGCGAAUGCUAAUGGCGAAGAAGAUAUGGUUAAUGGCAUUGACAGAGGAUAUAUAGGUGGUGCUGGUCCCUCUCAGUUUUAUUCAUCAUCUCCUAUGAGGACGCAGUUGGAAGGAGCGCAUGACACACUUAUAAAUUCAUCUACUCAUCGAGUAAUGCCAGUUGGUGAAGUAAAUGAUUCGGGCAAUGCUAGGAAGCAGGACCUCAUUCACAAGGUCCAGGAACAAGAGCAAGAAAUUUUACAAUUGAGGAGAUAUCUUACUGACUGUUCUGUUAAGGAAGCUCAAAUCCGCAAUGAAAAAUAUGUUCUGGAAAAGCGAAUUGCCUACAUGCGUCUGGCAUUUGAUCAACAGCAAGAAGAUCUUGUUGACGCUGCAUCAAAAGCUCUCUCUUACAGACAAGAGAUCAUUGAGGAAAAUAUACGCCUAACAUAUGCCUUACAGGCUACACAGCAAGAGAGAUCUACAUUUGUAUCGUACUUGUUGCCUCUUCUAUCAGAGUAUUCUCUACAACCACAGGUUUCUGAUGCACAGUCUAUUGUUAGCAAUGUGAAGGUUCUGUUUAAGCAUCUACAAGAGAAGCUCCUUCUUACUGAGUCAAAGUUAAAAGAGUCAGAAUAUCAAUUAGCACCUUGGCAGUCAGAUGUGAACCACUCAAAUGAUUCCCAUUUGGCCCCAUCUCGCGCAGCUGGUGUAGCGUUAACCCACUCAACGAAGGAUUCCCUAUAUUCCCAUGACCAAGCAGCCACAGACUGGGGUUCAAAGCGCUGGCAUCAAGAUGAGCCAAGUAGCUCAACUAUGGGGAGUUACCGUCUUGAUGGUCCUAAUAAGUUUUCAUCUCCGGUGAACGGUCAAUCAGCUGCCUUUGAGAUGCCUCGGCAAGCAGGUACUAGUGAAGAUGAAUCUAGUGGUUGGAAGCAAGUAGACGAAGCUCCAACUAAGCAUGUCAAAUUUCGUGAGCCUCCUAGCAAGAUAGUUGUGGACGAGGCAGAGGGACAGUCAGAUACUAAAAAUCAACCAUAUGUCCCUGCGUUUGAUGCUCCUAGCUCCUCAAACUCUCCUAUUUUGUCCCCCGUUCGUGAAGAACCAUCGUCCUCCCCUUCUGAGGGUGGGGAUGAUGAUAUUGAUGGCCCGUUACCAGCUAUAGAGGAUCUUCAAAUUUCAGGAGAACCUUAUCCUGGACAUGAGCUUCAGGCUUGUGGUUACUCCGUUAAUGGAACAACAAGCUGUAACUUUGAGUGGGUAUGUCAUCUAGAAGAUGGAUCUGUUAAUUACAUUGAUGGAGCAAAGCAGCCAAAUUAUCUUGUCACUGCUGAUGAUGUUGAUUUAUAUCUUGCCAUUGAAGUUCAGCCUUUGGAUGACAGGAACCGCAAGGGGGAGCUUGUCAAGGUCUUUGCCAAUGAAAAUCGGAAGAUAACUUGCCAUCCAGAGAUGCAGAGCCAAAUAGAGAAGAAUCUUCAUAGUGGUCAUGCUUCAUACAAAGUUUCUGUUUCGACUGGUUUCCUAGAUAUAUGGGAAGAAGCUACGUUGUCUAUAAAGAGAGAAGGUUACAGUAUCAAGUGUAUUAAUAACGAUAUCAUAGCUGCUGAAAAGUUCUCAUCUUCUAAUGCUGUAACAAUUCCGUUUGGGCAGCCUGAAGAAUUUGUUAUAGUUGCUUCUGAUGGUAGUGAAUAUUCCUUGCGAGUAGACAAUGGAUCAGCAGACCUUAGCUGUUCAAGAGAUACAAUAGUACUCACCCUGAGAUUAUUUAACAUGAGGUCUCUACAGCGAAAGAAGGGAAAGAGGAGAGGAUUUUUGUUUCACAAAUGAGAUUUUUUUUCGUAUAUAAUUUAUUAUUUUGAGCUCUGGCUUAUAACAGCUUACAUAAACAAUUCAUUCAUGAGAGAAAAAAAAAACAAUCUUUGUCCCUUGUUUAUAACAUUACAUUUGAUCAUUCCAACUAUCACUGCCCUGCAGUCACAUUACAUUA